CGGGGUCCUGGCGCCGCCAUGUUGCAGCAGUCCCUUGUUGUUCUGUGGAUGUGAAUGAGGAGCGGGAGCGGGAGGGGAGAGGGACGCGCGCACACCCCCACACACACACACACACAGCCCCCGGGCCGCGGCUCCCACACCCGCCACUCCGCCACAGGGUGGGUCCUUGGAUAUUUGGGCCUUAGAUAGUCCAGACAUUGCUGAAGAAACCAUGUGCACUGUGGUUAUCAGACUGACAGCUUGUGGUGACGAGUCGACAUUGAAAGUGCCUACGACCGACUUGAAGGGGACUGUUGACGUAAAACAAUGUCUGGAAUUGCAUUGAGUCGACUUGCACAAGAAAGAAAAGCUUGGAGAAAAGACCAUCCGUUUGGUUUUGUUGCAGUACCCACAAAGAAUCCAGAUGGUACUUUAAACUUAAUGAACUGGGAAUGUGCUAUUCCAGGGAAAAAGGCAACGCCGUGGGAAGGUGGGCAGUAUAAGCUUCGAAUGCUGUUUAAGGAUGACUACCCCUCAUCGCCACCAAAGUGUAAAUUUGAGCCGCCAAUAUUCCACCCGAAUGUCUACCCCUCUGGAACGGUGUGUCUAUCCAUUCUGGAGGAGGACAAGGAUUGGAGGCCAGCCAUCACCAUCAAGCAGAUAUUACUAGGAAUUCAAGAACUUCUUAACGAGCCAAACAUUCAAGACCCAGCACAAGCAGAAGCAUACACAAUCUACUGCCAGAACAGAGUAGAGUACGAGAAGCGAGUGCGAGCACAGGCCAAGAAAUUUGCUCCAACAUAAAAACCAAGCAACAACAGGAUAUGGAUUUCUGACUGUCGGCUAAGAAAAGAAGGCACGCUAUUCACAUUUAGCAAGUUCCUGUUACAAGCAAUUUGGGAAUCUCUGGGGGAAAUAAAUGCAUCAUUACUUGGACAGUUCCAGUUCAUUAAAAAAAAAAAGAGGCAAAUCAUCUCGGCACGAAACGUGCUGUGUUUCUGUGGCGGCUGUAUUAAAAUGUUUAAUUUAUAUUUAAAAAAAUAGCCGUAAUGCUCAAUGGGUUGAUUGGCUUUCAGUAUAGCCAGAAGUUCAGGCUCCUAUUUAAUGUUGGCUGACUAGAAAAAAUGCAGUUGGGUUUUUUUCAGCUUUCAACUGUGUGGUUUCCAGGCCUCUUUCUAAGCAUCUCUAAGUUGUCAAGCUUUCAGGACUAUUCAUCGAGAGGAAGAUUUUCCAAGAAGAAAGUGAGAACUAUUUCAUCUGUUUGCAUACCAUGAUCUGCAUUUUGCUCUUAAUGCCGAGGCUAUCUUAAAUCCACAGUGGCCCUUUAAAAGAGACUUGACUCCUGUAAUAAAUGGUGUAUUUUUAAAAAAUAAGCUGUUAAUAAAAUGUUCUUUCUAUAUACCCAUUCUCCAAAACGCAUCCCAUCCCAGCCCGCAAGUGAUUGUGGGACUUUGCCCUUUUUUUAAAACAUCACUGUUUGUUGAUUUCUUUGAAAGAACGCGAGUUAACCUGAACGGUUCAUUGUCGGUGCAAGGGGCUGCAGAUGCUGGUUUAAUAAAAACACACACACAAAGUGCUGGAGUAACCCAGCGGGGUCAGGCAGCAUCUCUGGAGGACCUGAAUAGGCGACGUUUCAGAUGUCAGCGGAAAGAUCCCAACCUGAAACAUCGCCUCUCCCACACCUUCCCAAAGAUGCUGCCUAAACCGACUGAGUUAAUCCAGCACUUUGUGUUGCUUUUUUUCCUGAGCAAUUCAUUUUUUGGUUCUCAGUAAGAGAAGCUCAGUAUAUGCACCCAGCUGCUGUGUGGUGUAUUGGCUUAUAACCUCAAACAAAAUUUGGUGCUUAUUCUUAAAUGUGGUAGUUUGGCACAUGUGAAUUGUUUUGACCACAGCUCCCUGCAUGGGUGCACUCUUGGCGCCUCAUGUUUUGUCUUUGCUUUAGAUUUCGUUCCCGUGCUUCUUUGGAAUAGUUUGGAAUAAUGUUAUUCUGUCCUCCUGUCCGGAAAGUGUAAGCGCAUGUGCCACAGUUUUAAACAAAGAUCUGGAAUAUACAAAAAAAAAAGGAAUAAAGAUACCAUGUGCCAUCUUAGUGCAGUUUAGUGGCUUUGCGGAGAGUUGUUUUAAGUGUAAAGCAGGGAUUUUUAGAGAAAAAGGCUAACCUUGUAGAAAAGUGCAUGUUUAAGAAUGGAAUCUAGACUUUUGUAUUUCACUUGGAAGAAGGGAUUUUGCAUCUGUUCUUGUUCUUUCAUGUAUUAGUAGUGAGAGAAUUCCACAAUAAUCAUUUAAGCAGUUAUAACUAUCUUCCCCUGCAAUUACUGCAAGGAAUUUUUAAUUUUUUUUUAAUGUAUCUAGUUACAAUUUAAUUGGAUGUGGCGCUUCUCAUAACACACUUCAUGAGAGUUUUUUGGAUUGAACCAGGUGUUAGUUUGGCAUGCAGAGACAAUGACGGGUCCCAAUCCUUUCCAUUGCGUUUCUGUUCAGAGUGACGGUGGGUCUUUACGCGCGCUGUGCUGCAUUAUUCUGGUGUUUGAUACGAGAGAAUAGAAUUUGUAAUUUUCAGGAAGGAUUGGGGAAACCGGGAUGAAGAAUUUUGUGAAUUGUGUUGCAUCUAAGAAUUGCGUAAAAUCCAACUCUCGCUGCAGGUUUAGAAAAUCAGAUCAUUUGGGUGAGUCGGUUCGAGGGCGCCUGUUCUUUGGUGCCUUUCAGGCUUGUGUCUAUCAGUUGGGUCGCCUGAUUUCCAUCCAGCUUUGUGCAUUAUGACUUCAGGGUCUGUGUUCUAAAGCCCUCUGAUAUUCAGAUUAAUAAUAAAUCUGUGAUCUGGCUCAGUUAUUAAAGAUAGCAUAGUGUAACUUGUAUUUACGUUUUGGGUGGCUUGAUCUUGUUUGCUGGGAGACCAUUUCUGCAAGUUAGUAUUUUGAUUUGAGGGGGGGGGGGGGGGGUGGGAGGGGAGUCUUUCUCUGGGUAAGUGUUGCUGGAAAGGCCAGUAAAAUUGCAACCUGUGUAGCAAGGAGCAUGAUGCUGCUGUUUCAUUCAGAUACUACUGCCUUUGGCUUUGAAAGGGAUUUGCGUAAUCUUCCCCCCCAAAAAAUCCAAUUGACAACACUAUCUGUCCUACAUCUGACACUGCAGGCACGUAAAUGAAGUUAGCGAUUGUUCCGUGAACGUUGGCUCUUAGCGAGAGUUUGCCCCUUGUCAAACAUUACAUCGGUUGAAUGCACCUGUUGCCGCUGUAUCUUAGGGUGAAUUGGUGCAGGGUUGCGUGUUGGUUACGGAAAUCCAGAAUUGCCCACAGCUGUUGUCAUGCUAGAUGCCCUAACAUGUGACUUUGUUCAAUUGGGCAUCGAAUGCUUCACUAGACAGGGAGUGAGUUGGUCCACCCUUUGCGUGAAAUGAACCUGGAUGGAGAAUGCUAUUCGGGAGAGUGCUCCUAGGAUGGAACAAGCCCCUGAUUGUGUGGUAACAAACAUAAGGAUGUCCUGACUUUGAUUUUAAUUCCUUGAUGUGUGGUAUGAAUGCCCUGAGCCAAAGGGAUACAGUUUAAAUUCCAUUCGUAUCAAUGCAAUUAUCUCGUCCCAUGCUCCUCGUGUUUUCUUUGUAUACAUUCCAUAGGAAGCAUUGGUUUCUGAAUUUGUUGGUACUAUUAUUUUACCAAUAUGGGAGUUAAGUGAUAAUGCAAUGUCUUGUGUGUUUGGCUUGCUGAAAUUAUUGGGUAUCUCCUUUCAUAUUUUGCAAAUGUGAAUUAGACCACUGCGGCGGCGUGACUUGGGUUCCAAAGGUGUCCUUGAAACUUGAUGGGAAGCAAGUGCCCAUUGGAAAAAAAAAUGUCACUUCUAUUCACAAAUACUUUGGACGGGUCUAAACGGGCAUUUCACACUUGACCCUGGUCACCAGUGUUAUAUCCUUUUUUUUUGACAUAAGGUUUUUUUUUUAAUUUUUGUACAGUGCUGAGCAUCAAGUAAUGUAUGUAAAAAAAUAAAUAAAAAAACGUGAUGCUCAUCACAAAGGCUUUGCUGUUUCCAUAGAUUUCAGCCAGCAACAUGUGUUUCUUUCCACAGUCCAGUUUCGAGCAGCUGAUUGCCUCGUGAACCUGUGGAAUCGCGAGUUAAGGAUGUUCUCUCUUUGAUGCUGGUCAGAUUUGUAAUAAUUUGGCACAGCAGUGCACUCACAUGUACAGAGCCAAGAAGUGAAAUUUUGUGGUGUAAAUUUGAACAUGCUGAUUGCAUGAAAGAAAAGGGAACUUGAGUGCUUUUUUUUUUAAAGUGUAUUUAUGGGGCAUCUUCAGUUGGAAAUUCCAGAAGGAUGCAAUUUACCUAUAAUAUUGUGUUUGAAAUUUAAGGGGAUCUUUUUAAAAAAUAGAAAUAAAAUGGCUUUUAGAGAAUGAGGGCUAAUCACCAGGGCCCACUUUAUCUCUGCAUUGAUAACAUUUAACUUGCAGUGAACUUCCUUAAUUGACCCAGAACAGGCACUUGCUAAAGACAUUUUGAAAAAGAAGAAAAACUCCCUUGGAAUACUGGUGCAUCCAUUUCUUUGUUUAUAUUUUUUGAUGGAUAAAGCAACAAAAAAAAACUAAAAAAAAUUUUCAGCCAGUAUUCCGGGGUAGUGUUGUAAACUUGUACAAUACUUUUAUAUCUUUUUUUUUUUCACAAGUCCAUUGGAUUUUGAGUAUGGAAUUGGCAGGUCUUCAGAAUACGUGCUGAUUUUAAUGUCCCCCAACCUUGCCUCCCUGGGAAAAGAAACAAAAUCAAAAAAAAUAUAUCGAUGGUUGUAAUGGUUGCCUCUUGCAUGGCCACGUGUGGUUGGGAUUCCUGGUAUGUUUCUCUUGUCUUGAAUACGUCACCAUCUCCUCAUAUUGCAGAACCAGACAACCGUGAAACUGGUAAUUGCAUUACCAGCACAUCUUUGAUCCUUUAAUGUGCUCAAGGUGUUGUGAAAUGUUUAAUUAAAACUAUAAAAACAUGUCCUUGCAUUCCCUAUUUGCUUGCUUUUUUUGUUUUGUUUUUUUGCAUCUUUUUUAAGUGGAAUAAGUGGUAUUUUAAUGGAGUUCUUUAGCUAUGUCAUUCUAUUCAGUUUACUUUUUACAGCAAGAACCAACUCUUGGUGUAAAGACAGCUAAAUAAAAAUUAAGUACAGAAUUCCGAGUCUGUAAUAGGAUUUUAUAGAGUUAUGUAGCUGUCUGAACUUCUAAAUUUUAAUUAAAAUGUAGGUUUAUACCUGGGUGCUUCAUUUCCUCGUAGCUCUUUGAGUACUGAUCUGCACUCAGUAUGGCAUGACAGGUGUGUCUUUAUCAUCUGAUCCACACUAGUCGAGGCUGCGGCCGCUAACCUGGUUGAUUUGUUUCAGUUCUACAACAUGAGAUGCUGCAUUUAAUCGACAUCUUGAUAAUAGUUUUUAGAAACCUGGCAAAGUACUAAUGUAUCAUGUUUGGCCUAAUAUCUGAGGUGGUUUUCAUCUGUAAUUUUAAAUAUGGGUCCAUUGAUGUGCAGGUGGAUUCCCAUGUUUAAUACGAAAACUAUUUGAGCAAUUGGUGAUCACUGCAUUCUUACACUUGGGGGGCAUUUAUUGUGUGUGUGAUGUAAGGCUGUAUUAACUUUAGCACACAGAUGCAUCUGGAAAAGCAGAUGCAGUUUGCUUCAGCAGAUAUCUUAAUCAGACAUGCACACUGCUUCAUUUGUUAAAACAAAAUCAGAAUUGGGGGCAUGUUUUUUUUUUAAAUUGCUGGGUUAGCUCUUUAUCCGGGUCAUUGCUUGUUUUCGAGAGAACACUUUCAGAAAUUUGUACAACUCUGUAAUGUAAUAUGGUGACUUGUGCGACAUUACUGACAUAGAAUCUGCCACCUUCCCAGGCACACUUCAGCGGGCCAUGUUUGCUCUCCUUAUCUCUUGCUUCCCGAAAAGGAAAUUGAAAUUGUAAUAUUGAAAAAGCAGCUCGAACAGCAAGAAAAUGCGCUUGUUUAAAAAUAAAUUUCUAAUGAAUGGAAAGUUUUAAACGUGAAGAAAUCAUUCCACUGAGGCAUAAAUCGCCUCUGAGCACCAUGUACCAUUGCAGCACACACCAUUUCAAUCACUGAUACCUCUGUUUGUAUGCUGUUUGUUAAUGUAUUUGUGUUUAGAAAAAGAAAUUAAAAAGCAAAAAGUA